UUAAGCAAUCGGUUUGUAGCGCUAAGAUGUUUAGCUUAUUGGUUGGGACUCAAAAUUAAUAAUAAUAUAGGAAUUCAUAUUUUUUUAAAUAAAUUAUAUGGUCAUGAAUUUGUUCAGCUGCACGAAGAAGACAGAAUAGCUAUCUUGUGAAAACAUCAACUACCAAGAGUUGGAAAUGAAAAACCAAUACUGGAAGAUUGUUGUUUCUACUGCAGUAGUUGGUGGAACAAUCAUGUGUACUUUGUUGUGGAAGCUAUAUCAUAGAUUUGGGAAGAAAAAAAUUUGUAUUUAUCCAAAUGUUUGUACAACCCCACAGCAUUGGGAGGCUGUUCAAGAAGAAUUCUUGAGCUUAUGUGAAAAGUCAAAGGUCAUAGGUCUAGACUGUGAAUGGGUUACCAAAGGUAAUCGACGCCAUCCUGUUGCAUUAUUACAGCUUGGUACAAUACAUCAGUUCAGUGUUUUAAUCAGGCUCAGCCAUAUCAGAUCAUUGGAUCUUCCACCAUCAUUACUAGAUGUUUUAUCUGAUAAGAGAAUUACAAUCAAACUUCCUUCCACACAGCUUUGUGAAGAGGUUAUAGAUACUCCCUUUAGACAAGUAGAUAGUCCUUCAAAGACAGCUUCAAAGCCUGCUCCUCCCACAUCUCGUCCUACUAAAAAGGAAGAUUGGUUGCGAGCUUACAGCAUACGGCAGAAGCCUUUGUAUCAUAACUGUCAACUCCAAGCUCCUGAUGGUGAACCUCUGUGUACGUGUGAUAUUAAAAAAGCACAGUGGUAUAUUGACAAAGACCUGGGAGAUGUAAUUGAAGAAGAUCCUCUUAUUGUUCGACUGAAGUUUCAACCAGCUGGAAGACCUAUCUUAGACAGCAAGUAUUACCUGCAAGAGAAGAAUAAUCAAUGUGUUGUAUGUGGAGCAAGCGUCUUACAUAAGAAAAAUGUGGUUCCACAAGAAUAUCGAAAAUAUUUUCCAUCAAUCAUGAAGAACCAUGUUUCCCAUGAUAUUGUCUUACUGUGUCCUAAAUGUCAUCAUACCAGUAAUUUACAAGACUACCCACUUCGUCAGCAGCUGGCUUUGGAAUGUAAUGCCCCAACUGACACAGAAGAUGCAGUCAAAGGAUGGGAAGAUUCCCAGUUACGCCGAGUCCGAUCUGCGGCAAGAGCACUUGUCCGAAACAAAUCCUCCAUCCCACCCAACAGAGUUCAAGAAUUAGAGCAAUUGCUGAAGCAAUUUUAUGUUGUCACUGAAGUGUCAGAAGAGUUAUUAAUAGAAGCCAUGAACCUUGAUACAUGUAUACCAAAUGAAAACUACACACCACAUGGAUUGAAAGUUGUACAACACAUUUCAAAGCAUGGAGGUUUGUUGGUGUUAGAGAGCCGAUGGAGACAACAUUUUCUUGAUACCAUGAAACCCAGGUUUCUUCCCAAAAUGUGGUCUGUUGAGCAUAAUCAUGAAUGUCUGGCCUUGAAAGUUGCACAGAUAACUGAGCCAAACUUUGAUAUAAGUGUUCUUGGUUACACUGACCAACAGUUAAAGGAGAUUUUAAAAAAAUAUCAUGAAUUAAUUAAGAACAAUGUUUCUCCCAGCAUGUAAAUAAUGUAUCAUACAUUAUAGUUAAUUUUGUAAAUAAAAAAUGUUUGUAA